AUGCCAAACCAAAGUCAGCAGGACAGCAAAGUGCUCUCGCCGAGAGCUUUAGCGCAUGUCGUUCUUCGAACUUCCAAUUUCAAGCCCAUGGUAGCAUUCUACAAGGCCUUUCUUGGUGCACAUGCGACAUUUGAGAAUGAAUUUCUCUCAUUUCUGACUUACGACGAAGAACACCAUCGCAUCGCAAUUGGAAACGUCCCGGGAACGUCAGAGAAAGUCCCAACUUCCGCAGGGCUCGAACAUCUUUCGUUUUCCUUUAGUAACCUGCAAGAUCUGCUUUCAGCAUAUACACAGCGGAAAGCUCGAGGGAUCCUCCCUAUCUGGUCUGUAAAUCACGGACCGACAACCAGCAUCUACUAUCAGGAUCCCGACGGCAAUCAAAUCGAGACGCAGGUAGACAACUUCGAUACGGUUGAAGAAGCCAAUCAGUUUGUGGCAUCCUCAGAAUAUGCAGAGAACCCUAUUGGGGUCGACUUUGAUCCAGAAAAUCUCAUCGAGCAGCUGGUGGCUGGAGAUGAGAGGCUCCUUAAGAAGAGAGCAAACAUUGGUCCUCGGGGUCUGGAUACCAUUCCAAAACCUCCCCCGAGGGAUGUUAGAGAGUCUUAUGACCUCAUAUAA